GUUUACGAUGUAGGCCUAUCCUUCCAUUACAGAACUCGCUACAUCCAGACAGAACUGGGAUUUCAUGAGAGACUCUUUGUGGCCGUGCUGACCUCCAAAGCCACCCUGAACACCUUGGCAGUGGCCGUGAACAAGACGGUGGCCCAUCACUUCCCCCGCCUGCUCUACUUCACGGGGCUGCGCAGUGCCAAGGUGCCCCAUGGGAUGGUGCUCGUGGCCCAUGGGGACGAGCGUCCUAUCUGGCUGAUGUAUGAGACCAUGCAUUACAUCCACCAACAUUUCGGUUCUGACUAUGACUGGUUCUACAUCAUGCAGGAUGACACUUACACGCAGGCAGAACAGGUCAAGGCUCUGGUGAUGCACCUGAGUAUUAACCAAGACGUCUACCUGGGCCGAGCAGAGGAGUUCAUUGGUGGAGAUGAGCAGGCCCGCUACUGCCAUGGUGGCUUUGGCUACCUGCUUUCCCGUAGCCUGCUGCUUAAGCUCCAUCAGCACUUGGACAGUUGCCGCAAUGAGAUCCUCAGUGUGCGCCCAGAUGAGUGGCUGGGACGUUGCAUUAUUGAUUUCCUUGGCAUCACUUGUAUUUCUCAGCUCCAGGGCCAGCACUAUCACACCUAUGAAUUGGCCCAAAAUGCCAAGCCAGAAAAGGAGGAUGAAGAGGAGUUCCAAGCAGCUCUUGCUGUGCACCCUGUUUCCGACGUGACUCUUCCAGGUACGUGGGUGAGGGAUAUCAAUGGAUGCUCUUGGGCCAGACAGGAUUUGCAGAUGCAGAUCAGGAACCUGACAUCACUGACCCCUGCAGGCGAGGCAGGCCUGACGUGGCCUGUGGGUAUUAAUGCCCCAUUUCUUCCCAAGUCCCGUUUUGAGGUAAUCAGCUGGGACUACUUCACUGAGCAGCACCUCUUCUCCUGUCCUGACGGUUCCCCAAAGUGUGAGCUCUCUGGAGCAAGCAAAGCAGACGUCAGUGACAUCAUUGAGUCAGCCCUCGAGCAGCUCAACAGCCGCUACCAGCCUCUGCUCCGCUUCAGCAAGCGGCAGUUGCUGAAUGGCUAUCGGCGCUUUGACCCCACGCGGGGCAUGGAGUAUACACUGGAUCUCCUGCUGGAGGCAGCAACCCAAAAGGGUCACACUCAUGUCCUGGUCAAACGAGUGAGCUUGGUGCGUCCCCUAAGUAAGGUUGAAAUCAUUCCCAUGCCGUAUGUAACAGAGGCCACACGGGUGCAGCUGGUGCUUCCCUUGACCGUGCAGGACCUGGAUUUUGUGGCAAACUUCCUGGAUAUGUUUGCUAUGAACACUCUGGACACCCACGAUAAUGCCUUGCUGACCUUGCUUUUUAUCUAUCAUCCCUAUGAUGCCCAGCGAGUCAGCCAGGUAGAUGUUUUUGCUGGAGUCAAAGCUAUGGUGGGAGAGCUGGAGAAACGCUAUGCAGAAGUUAAAAUUCCCUGGAUUAGUGUUAAAACUGAGGUGCCAUCUCAAGUGAAACUCAUGGAUAUAGUGUCAAAGAAGCACCCUGUGGACACCCUGUUCUUCUUAGCCAGUGUCUGGACAGAAAUCAACAUGGAGUUCUUGAACCGUUGCCGCAUGAAUACUAUCAGCAACUGGCAAGUCUUUUUUCCAGUGCACUUCCAAGAGUUCAACCCUACACUGGUGUACCGUGGUGAGCAAGCUGCUUCCUCUAGCACCGACUUCCUGAGGGAUGGUCAUUUUGAUAGACAUUCCUUUGCCGAGGCCUGCUUCUAUAACUCUGACUAUAUGACAGCACGUACCAAGCUAGCAGCUGACAUCCUAGACCAGGAUGAGGUGCUGGAGAGCAUGGAGGUAUUCGAUGUCUUCCUCCACUAUUCUGGUCUGCACCUAUUUCGGGCUGUGGAACCAGGGCUAGUGCAGAAAUACGCACUGAGGAGCUGCAAUCCACGACUGAGUGAGGAGCUAUACCAUCGCUGUAUGCUCAGCAACCUGGAGGGACUUGCAUCCCGCUCACAUUUAGCCAUGGCCCUCUUUGAGCAGGAACAGGCCAACAGUACUUGAGAGAAACAUCAUGAGCAUUUUAGCACCUUAACACUUGGCACUUUCCACCCUCUUCCCAGCCUGGCUGUGGAAGAAGGGCAUGAUGGGUCAAGGGAAGACUUCCACAGCCUUGCUCUGAGGCACAGAAUGAGCCGCGGAGAGAGGCUGCUU